CACACACACACACACACACACGCACAUUUUGCCCAAAGUUAGGUGGAGCUGAUCUGCUCACUCCAAAUUGAGCGAUUGCUUCUGCCUGUAGUUCUCGCGGGCCGCGAAAGAUGGCGGAGUGUUUCGGCGGGGAGAGUAGGGUUUCUCGCCCCUUAGAGGUGUCGGGUCAAACUUGGUGCCUUAGGCGAGUGGGUAUGAACGAAGAGUGGCUGUUACUGGAGAACGGCAGCGAGGUAACUAUAGGUCGAGGAGCUGGUGCUACUUACCAGCUGAUGUCAAAAUCCUGUCCGUUGAUGGUCUCUCGGAACCACUGUGUUUUCCAGCAAAAUAUUGAUGGCCAAUGGACAGUGACUGACAAUAAGAGUCUAAAUGGUGUCUGGCUGAAUUGUGAACGCAUUGAUCCAGCAAGGCCCUACCUCUUACAAGAAGGUGACUGUAUCCAGUUAGGAGUUCCUUUAAAACACAGAGAAACAGCAGAGUAUGAAUAUACACUAAUAAAGGAAGAAUGGAAGAAAGUUAGUCCAUUUUUGGCACUGAAAAAUGACCAGCUGACUGAGAAAACAAAGGACAUGAGGGCUAAACGUAAAAUUAGCUUGGAGGAAUCAGAGGCAUCUGGAGCGGAAGGGCCUUCCAAUUCUAGAUCCAAAAGAGACAAAGUGUCUUCAGAUAAUGACUCUUUGGGGAAAUCUGAGGGAGGCAGGACAGAACUGUCCAAACAACCAACAACAGAAAACAUUGACAUAGUGUUGCUUCCUCCAAGGCCAAGUAAAAAGGAGAAGAAGAAAAAUCACUGUAGCACUGUUCAGCCUGAGCAUGGUUUAUCUGUCAUCUCUAAGGACCAAAAUGCCCCAAAUUUGGCACAGUCUUGGAAUGGUUUGGAACAAAUAAUGAAAACUCUGGCAGAUAUGACAAAGCUAAAAGCCAAGGUGCAGGAGAAGCAGACAGCAGUCUUGAAUGUAAGACAAAAGAACAAGUGUGCUCCAAAAGAGAUCCAGGUUUUGGAGCAGGAGUUGCAAGAACUGAGGGAGGAGUUAUGCACUGAGCAGGAGCAUCAGCAGCAGCAAGUGGAACAGCUGGAGAAGACCUUCUAUGAGAAACUGGAGGGAGCAAAGGAGGAAGAAGGAGAAGGGAGACUGAAGGAACAACUGGCUCAGGUCCUAGCGCAGCAUCGAGCUCUGAUGGAAGAACUGAGCCGUAGUAAGAAAGAUUUUGAAGAAAUCAUCAAAGCCAAGGACAGGGAGCUGAAAGAGACUAAGGAGGAGAAGGAGAAGGCAAAAGCACAAAAGGAAGAGGCUUUGAGCCAGAUGAAUGAUGUACUAGAGAAUGAGCUGCAGUGCACAAUUUGCUCUGAACACUUCAUUGAGGCUGUCACUCUUAACUGUGCACAUAGCUUCUGCUCCUACUGCAUCAAUGAAUGGAUGAAACGUAAGCUGGAGUGUCCAAUAUGUAGAGGGUCGAUAUUAUCCAAGACACGAUCGUUAGUUCUGGACAAUUGUAUUGAUAGGAUGGUGGAAAACUUGGAUGAUGAGACGAAACACCGUCGCCUGUCCCUUAUCCAAGAGCGAAAAGGGAAGCGGGUUGUUGUGGAGAGCCCAGCUUCAGACAGUGAGAGCAGUACUCUUACAUCUUCCUCAGACAGCGAGAGCAGUAGUGUUACCUCAUCAUUGGACAGUGAGACCAGUAGCCUUACGUCUGUACACUCCAUCAUGUCAAUAAGCAGCUUUGAAAGCGAUGACUAUGAAGGGGACUCUGACAGCCACAAUGUUAUCUGAAGCAUCUGCACUGCCCCCUUGUAGUUGUUUGGAGUUUGCUUGGGGUGCAUUCUACGGGAAAGGAUUGGACACUUGGAACUAUGAAGAGACUGGAAUAUAAAUUGUGGAUUAAAAGGGCUUGGCGGGGUCCCGUUCUUUUCUUAAUGGAUGUAUGAUAUCCUCAUCUCUGAAGCAUAUGAUCAAAAACUUAUGACUCAGAUACGUUUUUCACACUAGAGCUAUGGUAACUAAACUUAGGUUUCUGUUCUUGUUAUGAAAAUUCUGGGAGAUGAUAAUGCAUUACUGAGCUUUAAUAAUCACUUACCUCUUAAUAGGUUGAACAGUGCUGGGUCAUCAGCUAAAUAAUUGCUUAAGUGUAACUUGAUGCAACACAUACUUGCUUUUUGUGACAGAAAGCAGUUUACACAUGACUCGUGUUCAUAAGGAGAAUUAGGAUGUUGAGUUUAAAGCUGCAUAAUUUUAGAGAAAUAGUCAAGGUUAAAUUUACCCCACUCUUAAGAUUCAGUACCUAGCUUCCUAGAAAAGCAUCUUAAUUGCCUUCUCUCAAGGCCUCUUGCCAAAAUUGAGCAAGCACAGUCAAAACUGUAGCAGUGUUUUGGGGCUUUGGCCUAUAGUUGAGUAGCUGGACUAGGGUUGCCAGGUUCAUGGCCUGAGACUGAUCCUGUAUCUUUAGGAGAAGAGAAAGUCAGCCAAGUGCAUGUGU